ACAGCAUAAUCAUGAAAAAAGGCUUUGAAAAACGCCAGCUUACUUCCAGGGUGAAGUUUAUUUGAUAGAAGAGCAGGAUUAGGGAAAAUAUGCUGAGAGCUAAUGAGAACGAGUUACACGACCAGGGCAAAACUUGAACCCGGGCCCAGCGACUCUAUAAGUCGUCCUGCCGUGCUCGGAUCCCCAACCUAGAUCUCUAGAGCAGGUAAAUCGUAGUGUAAUCAUAAUAAUAAUGAUUUGUAUCAAUGCCUUUGCAUAGGCCAGUUGGAACAUUGCGACACAAGUCAAAAGACUCGAGCAUAUCACCAAGACAGUACACAUAAACACAAGAAUGUUACUCGCAAAAGGCAAGCAAAUAUCCCUAAAAUUUUAACUGAACAAGAAGAGUCGCCAUUUUCUAGAUCGUCGUUUGCGGGAAGCACAGCAAGUUCAGUGGACGACUAUUUUUCACUCGGUAGUGCUCAAGAUGUGCAGUCUUCGAAUGGCUACUUUCGUUUUGAUGAGAGUAGAAUCAACGAGGAUCUCUCUUUAUUAGAGAACAUCGAAAGGGGUGACAGCGUAAGUGCUGAAGAUAACUCUGAGGAACUAAAACCAGUUCAGUUACCUGACUGGGUACAAGAUUUCAUUGACAAAAAGCGCAAAGCCCAGCUGGAUUUAGAAGCAGCAAGACAAAUGCCACAAGAAGAUAUGCCAAUACCAGUGUGGGUUGAAUGCGUAGACGAUGAUGGUAACGUCACUGUGACUGCUGCAGAGAUCAGCCUGCCUCCGCAUGGAGCGGCUAGGUGUUUAGAUAAUACAGCAUCGUUAAUGGAAAAGCAAGCACCACGUCCAAUUGGAAUGGAGAGCAGAGAGUUUCCUAACGCCCAGAUAACAGCAUCAUCUGAGCAAGGCCCAUAUUACAAAGCUCACGAAGCACGACUGAAUAAUAAGCCUAAAGGAAAGAUUAUCGGAGCAUGGUGCCCGAAGAAUCAUGAUGAUUGCCAGUGGUUACAAAUAGAUAUGGGGAAAGAAAGGAAUGUGCAACAGAUAGGGACACAGGGAAUGCCACUACUAUCUGUAAGAAGACCAAAAGACAGAAGAUGGGUUGAGUCAUAUGUUUUCUCGUAUAGCAGCGAUGGUUUGAAGUGGAAGUAUUACGAGGAUGAAAAUAACAACCCGAAGAUUUUCAUUGCAAAUGUCGACUUAGAAAAUACUGCGAAGAACUCGUUUGUCAGUGGAUUGAAGACUCGAUAUUUGCGAAUUCAUCCAACAUCUUGGAGCACUGGCAUAGCUCUUCGUGUUGAGAUUUACGUUGAAAAAGAAACUAAAGGUAAAGAAGUUGAGACGAGGGAUUCAGUCUCGUUGAGUGAAGCUGUCACUAAAAGUCUCUAUUCAGACGAUGAUAGAGAAAGCUGUAGUGAGAAACACUCAAGCGAAGAAAGCGAUUCAGGCUCUGAGUACAUCCUCCACGAUCACUUAGAUGAUGAGGAAGACGACAUUUGCAAUGCUGAUGAAGCCAAGAACCUAUCAAAUUCACUAAAUUCCGCUGCCUACGUUGAAGAAGGGGAAAGGUUCUCUCAAGCUUCGAACGUCAAGGGUGUUGCUAGUGACGGGUUCCGUACACGGCUUAGCUCUUUCCGAGAAUCAGCUCAAUCGGCUUCAUUCGAAACAAAUAACAUCAAAGAGGUGCUCGCAUCCAAUGAGGAAAGCAUUUCAGAAUCACCCAGGCACACCAAAUCAACGAUUGGGUCUAAAAUUAGAAUCGAGGAGUUUUUGAGUCAGCAGAGACCAGGAGACAGGAGAAGAUUGACAUUCCGUGCUAUUGUAGGAAGAUUAAUGUCCAUACCAAAUAUAAGCACUGGACUGACUCUAGAUGCAGAAGAAGAGAAAGAUGAGUUUCUUUCAAAGUAUUGCAUAUUAAAAGAUAGCCAGAAAAUUCUGUUCUCAAGAGUCUUUCAAAAGCUUGAUCAUGACUGUGAUGGACUGAUCGAGAAAGAGCAGCUAAUGGGUGGUUUGGCAGCCUUGAACUUGAACUCUCUAAGAGACGCUGAAAUGAACUACAUCAUGGAGCUAAUUGACGUUUUCGACGAAACAAUUAAAGAGGGUAUUGACCAAAAGACCUUUAACGUCAUCGCAGCUUUUGCAGAUAGACUGAAACGUGUCGACGCAUUUACAAGAGGCAUGAUCAGAGAUACUAACUUUGCCACAUUGUAUUUACACGCACAUAAAACGCGAGAUUUGUUCGAGAAGAUGCUCGAUAAAGGCGAAACAACUAUCAGUAGUGAGCAGUUCCUGAUCGAACUCGAGGCUGGUGGCGUCAAGUCUGAGGCACAAAAUCUCGUGCGCACAUACACAGACGAGAAAAAACAUUUGGACUUUCUUGACUUUGCAAUCUACUUUCCACUGUUUCUACAUACACAUGAACAAAUCAUGUCAACACCAUUGUAGAAUUUUCCAUUUUUGAAAUAUAGUACUUGAAUUUUGCAACUUACUCAAACAUCCGAGCAUUACUUAUCGUUGGAAACAAAGCUUUAGAAUUGUCUUUAGGAGCAAAGUAUCUCUCAAUUGCACAGACCAUUGCCCACUCUCUAACGUAAAGGACAUUAGGAACCUAUUCACAAAUAGCUUUUAGGUUGAAUUCCGUAAAAACCCACAUAUUAUAAGAAGCACAUGAAAAGGUGCGUA